AUGGGCUGCGGUAUCAAAACAAUGGGAAUUAAAGGCGAAUACCCAGAAGAAGUGUCUGUGAACCAAGAGAAAAACAAUAAUGAAGAUUCUAAGUCUUCUUGGCUUUUUCAAAAAUUUCUGCAGACUAUUUAAAAAGACAAGCCCCAAGAUUUUUUUUAGUUUAAAAAGGAUAAGUCAAACCCCCUUCUUAUCUUCAGAUCAAGCACGAAAACAUCUGAAAAGAAAGGCCGCCGUUAUUGAUUCGCGCUUAGAAGCACAAGAAUCUCUUGAUGCUCCAACCGCUACAAUCACAAAUAAAAUUAAAUCAGAAACCGAUGCAAACAUGAUAAACAAGUCUUUAAGCCGGCAUUUUAUUUUCAAUAGUCUUACUGAUGAGCAACGAGAUCUUGUAAUUGAUCAAAUGAAGCACUAUUCCUUAGGCUCAAAUUCUAUCAUUUUUGAGGAAAACCAGUCAGGCAAUAAUUUUUUCGUCAUCAUUUCUGGGAAGCUUGAAGUCCUUAUAAAAGGCAAACGCGUAAAUAUUUUGAAGCCUGGGGAUUCCUUUGGAGAACUCGCACUGCUUCAUGAUACCCCAAGAACUGCUACUAUAAAGACUAUUGAAAAAAGCACGCUGUGAGGACUUGACAGAAGAACGUUCAGAAAUGCUAUAGAAGCCCUAAAUGCAAUGAACUAUAAUGAAAACAAGCAUUUUAUCAACAGCAUCCCUCUCUUUCAGAUAUUGACAAUGCCACAAAAAGAAGCUCUGGUCGGGUCUUUGACUUCUAUUAAAUUCUCUGCUGGACAAAGAAUAGUGAAUGAAGGAGAUCCUGGGGAUUUGUUUUAUAUAAUCAAAGAUGGGACUGUAUCUUGCGUUGCUCAUGGAAGGGAAAUUAGGAGAAUGGCUAAGGGAGAUUACUUUGGAGAGCAGGCUUUGCUUUAUAAUAGCCCAAGGACUGCGACUAUUUCUGCGAUUGAUGAUGUCAGAUGUGCAGCUAUUUGAAGAGAAAAUUUAACAAAGGCAUUGGGAAGCCAUCUGCAGCAGAUUAUUUAUAGGAAUUCUCAAAGAAUGGCACUCGAUAAGAGUUCUGUGCUUUGCAGGCUUAUAAAGUCGCAAGCAGAUUCAUUGAUUGCUAAUAUGAAAAUCCAGUCUUUUGAAGCUGGAACUAUAGUUAUUGCAGCUGGAACUCCUUAUGGAGAAUAUUUAUGAAUCGUUGUCAAAGGGACUGUAAUAAAAGAAACCAAUCGAGAAAUUUUUUCUGAAGUUUUUUGCUGUAUCGGCGACAAAGAAAUUGUAAAUAAUGAAAAUAAUGGUACGUUUGAUGAAAAUUUAAUUGCUGGAGACAACGUAGACAUUGCUAUGAUAAGUAAAACAGAAUUUGAAGCCUGCAUAGGUGGGCAGUAUUCUCAAGUAACCUCUAAUAAUGAGGCCUUAAAAGUGCUCAAACAGAUCCAGCUUUUAAGAAGUCUUUCUUUUGAAAAAAUGAAUAGCCUGCUCCGGGCUUUGAAAAUAGAGCAAUAUAUCGAUCGGCAAGUCAUCGUUCAACAGAAUAACCCUGGAGAUUCUUUAUUUAUUAUAAAAAAAGGAAAAGUGGAAGUUUUCAAAGACAAUCUAAAAAUCCGAGCUAUUACUAAGCACGACUAUUUUGGCGAAAGGUCAGUGCUUUUUGAUGAUUUUAGGUCAGCCACUGUUAUAGCUAAUGGUAUGGUUAGCUGCUGGGUAAUCAGUAAGGCUGACUUUCUAGAAAUAAUUGAUGACCAGAUAAGGGUGCAGCUGUUGAAAAGAAUUGAGCUCCAAGAUGACACAAUCAACAUUGAAGAUUUAUCAGUCGUCAAAAGUCUCGGAAAAGGAAACUUCGGAAUUGUCACACUAGUAGUCCACAAUAUAAAGCGCACCCUUUAUGCACUAAAAUCAGUAGACAGGCACAAAAUAAAUGCCUAUGAGCUUCAAGAAAGUCUGACUCUAGAGCGAAGAAUUCUCCAACAAAUGGACCAUGUUUUUGUUAUGAAAUUAAUUAAAACUUUCAGAGAUACUAAACGAAUUUAUUUUCUGCUGGAAUAUGUAAGAGGGAUGGACUUAUUUGACGUUUUACGGCAAAUGGGGAUUGUAAGCGAAAAAGAUGCAAGAUUUUAUAUAUCAUGCUUAAUUUAUAUAUUGGAGCAUUUGCAUGAGCAUGAUAUCGUAUACAGAGAUUUAAAGCCAGAAAAUAUCAUGGUAGAUGAUGAAGGGUACCCCAAGCUGAUUGACUUUGGGACUGCUAAAAUUGUAAUAGGGAGAACUUACACUAUAGUAGGGACUCCACAUUAUAUGGCUCCUGAACUUAUUACUGGCAAGGGAUAUGGGAUUGCAGUAGAUUUGUGAAGCUUAGGGAUCAUGCUUUAUGAGUUUUUGUGUGGAGGAGUCCCAUUUGCAGAAGAUGAAGAAGAGCCCUAUGAAAUUUAUAAAAGAAUUUUGGAGAGAAACUUGGUAUAUCCGUCAUGAGCAGAAAUUAGUCCAAAUGCGAGAAAUCUCAUAGAACAGUUUUUAAGCAAGGAUCCAGUCCUUAGGACUGGAGGAAGCUAUGAAAUUUUGAAGUGCAAUCCUUGAUUGAGCGGGAUGGACUGGGACAAAUUGGUCUGCAAAAUCUUGAAAGCACCAUAUAUUCCACAAGUUCCGAAUUUGAGAAAAGAGGCUGACUUAGCUAUCAAGAAGCAAACAAGUCUGGAUGAAUUUAUUAGUAAACAGGAAGAACAAGUUUCAGGAAAUAUUAGAAUAAGGAGAGGAAUCGCCACUGGGUGGGAUCUAGAAUUCUAA